AUGCUCAGUUCAUUGCGAUGGUCAGCAUGGGGCCCGGAGUACGCCGUGGUGGUAGGCGCAACGGUCUCGUUCAUCGCGAUGGUGAUACUACUCGCUCACUUUGAUGGAGAAAGCGUAUUUGUUUGGGAAGGGGUGACGCUUAACGCUAUUGUGUCGAUUCUCUCCGUCAUUAUAAAGGCGGCUGUGGCAUUUGCGAUCGCUGAGUGCAUGGCUCAGUGGAAAUGGAUAUUGUUCGCGCGAGAGGAACGCCCGCUGAUCGAUUUUGAUCGGAUUGAUGCGGCAACCCGCGGUCCACUGGGAAGCUUGAGAAUUCUACUCAAGACUAAAGGAGGAUGGAUUGUACAACUCGGCGCCAUACUUACAUUGCUUGCGGUUGGCCUCGACCCUCUCGCUCAGCAACUUAUUCAGUUCGAGGAGACUGUCGUCUUCACACGUGGCAGCUUAAGCAACAGUAACGAUAUGCUUCCAGCGUUGAACUCUCGAGCUCCAUAUUACUCGAUGGGCAGAACGAUGGUGACUGAACGACAAAAUACCAACUCUACAAGUUCAAACUACGAUGUGGCAACCGACAUACCGCUUUCUAUGCAGGGUGCAAUUCUGAACGGGCUCUCCAGGCCGGUAUGGGAGUCGGAGCAGGAUGCCCUGGUUCAGUGUCCAACGAGCAACUGUACUUUUGACCAGUUCAGUACACUCGGCAUCUGUCAUCGAUGUAGCGACAUCAGCUCACAACUCAAACGUGUUGAAGAUUUUGGAGACGUGUUUCUUGCAAUUCCAGGAACUGGGUAUGGCGGCAAAGGGGUGCAGAGCACUGCAUUUGCACUCCCCAACGGCCACUUCAUUGCCAACAUUGAUGGCUGCCCUCCUUACAACGGCAACUUUGCGUCGCAGGCAUAUUGCAAGGGUAAUGAGUCUGUGUCAGUCUAUAGCGAUAAAAAAUACGCCAUCACGUCAUUCGGAACCGGAAAUCCGAACAGAACAGUUACUAUGAAAGACAUAAACACCCUGCUGUGGUCCAUGAGCCUCAUCUACCCCGAUGUAGAGACUUUGAACAAGUCGACAUCUUUCACGCCGGGGGACAGCGAUGGAAAGAACGGAUUAAAGCUGUGGCCUGACUUUCCCAUGAAAGCCACGGAAUGCUCCCUAUACUAUUGCGUUAAGCACGUUAACUCUGCUGUGGAGGGGAACAAGUUGAAAGAGAACGUCACGCAAGCUCCUGGCUUUAGGCGUGACCCUGAUUCCUGGAAGCGACUCGACGAAAAAGAGAAUGGCCAGCCGGAGAACCUUUUACCUGUUGAAGAGGCUGGAACUCUCGAGUUUAACAAGUACUGGUCAGUGGUAGGCUAUACCAGUUUGGUCCUCGAAUCCCCCAACAACAGCACGGAAGACAGAUAUCGCAUAGCUCCGGACUCCGUCAAGUCACUAAGCGCUCAUUUUCAGAGCAUGUUCCGUGGCAAUUGGAACAACGGCACUGAGAUUCACGAAGAGCUUGACAAAAAGUUAGGCAAGGGCGCUGUAGGGUUCAACGGCGCCUCCUUCGGUCCCUACUUGCAUCUGCAGGGGGGAAUGGAGGCCGACCCCCCGGCGCUGAACGGCCUUUGGACCUGGUCGCGAAACGACAUCACCAGCAUCUUUUCCUCGCUAGCCACGAGUAUGACAAAUGAGAUGCGCAGGAACUUUGACCCGCAAUUCGAACAACAGACGGGACAAGACGAUCGUUUCCGAGACGGAACUCUAAGCUACCAGGGAAAUGUCGGCAGACUUACCACGCUUUACCGAAUCAAAUGGCCAUGGAUCACGCUGCACGGAAUCAUGAUACUGUCAGCGGCUUUGUUUCUGUUUUUGACGCUCAUAAGUUCUAAUCGUGAAGGCGAUGUGGCGCUGUGGAAGAGUAGUUCACUGGCUACAAUACGACAUGGCCGUGAUGUGGGCGACGUGCUUAACCCAGCGAGCUCGACUAGGGAUAUGGAGGCAACGGCAAGGAAAGCAUUUGUAACGGUACGCCGAGGUGAUGGGGAGGAAGCCAAGUCAUGUAUAGAUCGAUCACCAAGCUUGACGCCAGCAGAGUCGUAG